GAAAACGACUGUAAAUGAGACUAUUUUAUUGAUGUCAUUGUUGCGAAAAUCUACGAAUAAUGCGGAACAAAAUGGCGAAAUCACCGGUUUUCAUCCUCUUUUUGAUAAUUGUAUCUGCUGGUCUGUUUGAGUGCUCUCUAAAUCCGUACAAGACAUUAUCUGUUUCCAAAUCAGCAUCUCAGCCGGAGAUUAAACGAGCUUACAAGAAGCUCGCUCGCGAAUGGCAUCCAGACAAAAGUGAUGAUCCUAAUGCCUCCGAUAAAUUCAUCAAGAUCCAGCAAUCAUAUGAGAUCUUGUCCGACGAAGCAAAGCGGAGAGAAUAUGACCAGUUUGGGAUAGUGGAUCCGCAGGAGAGUCAGCGCAGGCAACGCGAUCCGUUUGCGGACCAAUUUUUCCAGCAGAAUAACAACUUUGGCGGGGGAUUCAACUUCCACAACUCUGGAAACAACGACCCUCGCCGGGUGACUCUGUCAAGGCUGCAGGAUGGCAUCUUGCCUCAGAGCACAGACAAACCCUACCUGAUCUUUGUGACUGGAAGCUUCUGCUUCAACUGCAUGAACAUCGAGAGGAUGUGGUCCGACAUUACUCCGGAAAUCGAGUCAUGGGGUGUCGGUGUGGGAUCGGUCAACAUUGACAGUGACCGCAGGCUGGCCUCAGUGCUUGGUAUACGUCAUCGUCCAGCCAUUGCGGGUAUCAUAAACGGUCAAGUGACGGACUAUGGUCAAGGAAGUGUGACCUUGAAGGCCAUGAGAGACUUUGUAGACAGGUUGCUGCCAAGCAGCCUUAUUCAAGAGGUCCAUAAUAACAACUACGAAGACUUCUUUGCCAACUUCUACAAUGAGAACAAGCCCCGGGUCCUGCUCUAUUCCCGGAACCGAGACAUUCCCAUCAUCUUCAAGGUCGGUGCUUUUGCCUUCAGGGAGCACCAGACGUUCGGCUUUACCUCUGCCAAGUAUUCCAACACAGACGGGGUUCUAAAGCACGUUGGGGUGCAGCACAGGACGGGGAAGGUGUUGGUGUUUAAGGAGAAUAUCAAAGAGAGUGUGGAUAUGGUUGAGGAGAAACAUAUGACCUUGGAAGCACUGACUCAUUUGCUGAACUACAACAAAUACCUCUACCUUCCGAGGCUCUCCUCCCAAACUCUCUUUGAAGAAAUGUGUCCAGAGACUCCAAAUCUGGUAGGACGAAAAUUGUGCGUCAUCCAGAUCACAAAGGCCACUCCAGAGCACGAGCCGUUCCGAGCUUCGUUCAGAGACAUGGUGAUGAGUACACCCUCAUGGCCCCAUGAAGCCAAGAUGACUUACAUGCUGUUUGAGAAUCAGGAGCAGGUAGCAGCAGCCAUGGAAGGGUUAAUGGUGGAGGUCCUGCAUGCAGUUCCAGUUGCCAUUGUUUGGAGACAGCGAGGGAACCAGAUCCGCCAUGCCUGGCUCCCCGACGGUUGGGAGGGCCAAGACAUCACGAUGGAGCGAAGAGGGAUCAAGGAGUUCCUCUACAGACUCAACGAUGGCACCUCCAAGUUUGCCCACAAAGGGAUCCUACCACAGUUCAACGAUGAAAAUGCUCCGGCUUGGCCAAUUCGGAAAUUCAGAGAGUUAACGCAAAAGAUGACGGACCUGUAUAACGCAGCAUAUAACUUCAUAUUUGGUUCAUCCUGGGAGAGCAGUAGUCUUCUGAUGCUCAUGAUGGUGAUCUACUUCGGGUGCUUUGUCUUAGCUUUCCUUGGUCUAUUUGGAGGAAGCAAAGAACCAAAGGAAGCGAGCCAAGAAAACAAUGAGGGAGGUGAAAGGUCACAGCCACGAGCCAAGCGGAGUGUUUCAAUGAAAGAGCUUGGUCGACACGAGUACGCAAACCUGAUAGAAAGGAAGAGGAACUCAUGGCAUCUCAUCCUGCUGGUGAAAGAUUCUUCGAGAUCAUCACUCUGCCAACAGCUUUCAAAAGAAUUGGGAAGUUAUCCGUUACGCUUGCCUCUGAACUUUGUUAGCAUCGACAAGCAGACGUUCUGGUAUCGUACCCUAGUCCCUGGAAAGGAGGUCGGGACCAUUCUUGCCAUCCGACCUUCCAAGAAGCAAUACUCCGUGUUCCAUCCCACCACUGCGCCAAAAACCUCCUCGGACCGCGACCCUCACCUCCGGCAUCGUCACGGCGACAGCGGAGAAAUGGAUACAGACUUUAUAGGUUUCAACGAUAGCGACGAUGAGGGGGCCAGGAGGAACGGAGUAGGAGGAGGAGGAGGGGUGAAUAUCUUUCACGGGUUCUGCCUAUGGUUAGAUCGCUUACAAGACGGAGAGCUGCGGAAGAUGGACGUAGCGGAAUGGCCAAACAUGGACUGAAUUUUGUCAGAUUUUUGUAUCUUCUAAGAGGUAAAGUGUGUGCAAUUGAAAACGAUC